UAUUUAUUAACAUUUAUAGAUAAUAAUGAAGACUACACUACAACUACAGCCAUAGCACGGUUUAUUAAUGUUAGACCGAGUGGAGUAUAAAUUAUAUACUAAUAUUAAUAAUCAUUUAAUAUUAUAAUAUAAUAUGAUUUAUGUUAAUGAAUAGUAGAAAUGUUGAGAAUUUAUUAUUGAUCUUCUUUAUUUUAAAAUAAUUGUUGAUAUAAUUUUAUUUUUAAUUACUUUUGAUAAUGAUAAAUUACAAGAUAAAAAAGCUAAAUCUAAAAACAAUUUAUCAAAAUCUAAAUUAAUUAUAUAUAAACACUCAAACUCAGUAUUUUACUUACCAAAUUUUUUUUAUUUAAACAUUUAAUUGAGUCUAUUGUAAAAAUGUUGCCUUUGAAACCACCAGUAUCAAAAAAAAAUGUAAAACACAUUAAACUGAUUGAUUUACCAAUUUAUGACGAAAAUGGAGACAUUUUAGAUCAAAAUUCAUGGCCAAAAUACCAAGGAAUUUUUAAUGGGAAAAUUAUUAUCAUCAACGAUUUAAAUGACAAAUCCCGCCUUAGCAAUUUGGGUUGUUUUGGACAAUUGGGCAUAAUUGACAAGGACAAAUUUAUAGACUACAAAACCCUUCAAAAUCAAGUCUUAAGGCAAAAAAAGAAUUGGCAAGCAAUGGAAUUAGUACCGUUUGAUUUUCCUCAUAAUAACCAGAACGUGAUUGAUGAGAAAAACUUGCACAUCAAACUUCAAGAAGCUUAUGCUGCUAAUAAGCCAGUUUAUAAUAGUUGGAAAGAAUUAAAAUCUAGUUGUUCCACAGAAUAUGAACAGUUGUUAAUUCUAUCUGGUGUUCAACAUGAAUUAUCAUACUUUUUACUUUUAGAAGAAGCUUUUUUUUUAUGUUAUACAUUAGAAUGCUUGGAAAUGCGAAAUGAAAAUGGUUCACUCAUAAGUGUUAUUGAAUGUUGGAAGCAAUUUAAUGGUUUAAAAAAAAAUUUUCCAUAUUUUUAUGCAGCUUAUCAUUAUUAUAGAUCAAAAGGAUGGGUUGUCAAACCUGGACAACAGUAUGGAGGAGAUUAUGUACUGUACAAAUCAUCACCAACUUAUUAUCAUUCUUCAUAUGUGGUCGUGAUCAGUGUUAAUGGUCAAAAUAGUGAAUUGUUACCAUCAUGGCCCUCAUGGUAUGGAUGUGGUCGAGCAAUAGAAGCCGCCAGUAAAGAUUUACUUAUAUGCACAGUUCUUGGUCCUUCAUAUGAAGAAGGUAUGCUGAUCGAUCUGUCACAAUACACUGUCAAUGACACUAUAGUCAGACGGUGGGUGCCAUCACAAAAUAGAAAAAAACCUUAAUGUUGUUAAUAUGAGUAAACCUUACACAAAAAAAUUAUAUAUUGUGUGACUAAAAACAAAAAUAUACAGAUUAAAGGACUAAAUAGGUCAGUUAUUUCUAAUCUUUAAUUUUUUUAACUUUUCAUCUUCUGUACUUCUGCAUUUUUUUUAAUUCCAGUCAGUCUGUAUUGUCUCCGUUCUUGUAAAUAUUGAUCUCGACAUUCUUUAAUAAAAUCUUCAUUAACAAA